CCACUGCGUUGUUCCGGCGGAGGUACACAAUGAGGCUGCUGCAAGCGGAGGAGCUAUUUCGGAAGGUUCUGGAGGUCGGGUCGAAGAAUAAGGCGACCCGGCUGCUGGGGCUCGACGUUGGCAGCAAGUACGUCGGGGUGUCCGUCUCCGAUGAGAAGAACAGGAUCGCUUUGCCUCUGAGUGUUUUGUGUCGGACAAAGACAAACGUCAACUUGAUGGCAGAUGAUUUCAAAACAUUGGUUUCGAAGUAUUCCAUAGCUGGGUUUGUUGUGGGCUAUCCAUUCAACCUCCACGGUCUACCUAGUCCAGAUGGAGUCCAAGUAAGGCUUCUUGCUGGAGAGCUUUGUAAAACAGGGAAACUUGAUGAUCUGUCCUACACAUAUUGGGAUGAAAAUUUCACCUCAAAGUGUGUAGAAGCCCUCUUGCAUCCUCUGAAUCUAAAAAAUUGGGAUGAGGCCAAAACAAUGACAGAUAAAUUUGCUGCAGUUUGCAUACUCCAGGGUUAUCUUGACAACAUGAACAGAAAACUGAGAUCCACGGCUAAGUCUGAAGCAUAAGGUGGCACUGACUCCAUUUUAACUAAACCAAGCAGCAAGGAAACAUCAUCUGAAUGUGCAGGUAUGCCCAUACUCAGUUCAUCAAGAUGUGAAUGGAAGGCCUAGCCGAUGCUUAUCUUGGCAUUUCAUGAGUUUUGUAGUCAGAGCUGUGACUGCCGAGAGACCCAAGUUCCCAAUCCAUUAACUUCAGCAAGCAGAUUUUGUUGUUUGGGCCUUUGGCUGAGCUGCGCCGAGUCGUCAUUGAUGAUGCUAAAAUGCUGAGGACAUACUGUCUGACACGAACAUCCUAUUUUUUUAACCCGUCAUCCGGCCCCUAUCAGCUGAUGAAAUUUCCCCCCGAUGGUGACCCUCGAUAAUGCAGUCUGACUGUUCUCGUCGCCACUGAAUCGCUUUGUUUUAUUGUCUAGUCCCGUUCUGUACUAGCAUAAAUCUAUAAUCCCCAUACGCAAACACUCACGCAUGUUUGUUGAGUGUUUCCCCCAUUAUUUAGCUCUUAGUUUGAUGAGUCCAGAGGAAUCAGGUAAGCUGUCGAAAUCGGACCGAUUCGAUCUCAGGAUAAUGAUGCAUUUAUGCUGCACCUUUUGUCCGUCA